AUGAAGGUCUCGCACACGGCUGCCGCGGUGGCUGCCCUGCUUGCUGGCACAAAUGCCCAGACCAGCACCAGUGUCUACGCCCAGCCUGGUGUGCCCACCGGCACUCCGAUUCCCGGCGACUACACGGGUGCUUUGAGGCCGCAAGUCCAUUUCUCCCCGCCGCAGAAAUUCAUGAAUGAUCCCAAUGGCUGCUUCCUCGACGCAAACGGCACCUGGCAUCUCUACUACCAAUACAACCCCACAGAAAACGUGGCCGGCAACCAACACUGGGGCCAUGCCACGAGCAAAGACUUGUACCAUUGGGAGAACCAGCAAAUUGCCCUCUUCCCGCCCGACAGUGUGUCCAACAUCUUCUCCGGAUCAGCCGUGGUAGAUGUCAACAACACUUCCGGCUUCUUCCCUGACCAGGACAACGGCGUUGUAGCCAUGUACACGCUGAACACGCCCACCAAGCAAAUCCAGGAGAUCGCCUACUCGUAUGAUGGUGGCUACACUUUCAUCCCCUACGAGGGCAACCCUGUAAUCGACAGCACGUCGACACAGGUCCGUGACCCCAAGGUCAUCUGGUAUGAGGACCACUGGGUCAUGGUCCUCGCCUACUCGCAGGACUUUGUCAUCGGAAUCUUUACCUCGCCCGACUUGAAGGAGUGGACUCACGCCUCCAACUUCUCCCACCACGGCCUGCUCGGUCUGCAGUACGAGUGUCCAAACAUGGUUGAGAUUCCUGUUGAAGGCUCGGACGAGACCAUGUACGUCCUUACCAUCUCCAUCAACCCCGGCGCACCGCAAGGUGGCUCCAUCAUGGAAUACUUUCCCGGUACCUUCAACGGUACCCACUUCACUGCCGUCGAUGGCGCUGCCCGCAUAGCCGACUUUGCGAAGGACAAUUACGCCGGCCAAUUCUUCUACGGCACGCCCGCCGGCUCCGACGCCAUCUCCAUUGCCUGGGCCAGCAACUGGCAGUACACCUCAGUCGUGCCGACGGGAGACGAGGGUUGGCGGUCUGUUAUGUCACUGCCGCGCCGCAACUAUCUGGCCAACAACUACCGCGUGGGCUGGACGCUCAUCUCGCUGCCCUACGACCUGUCCCCCGUGAUCGGCUCCGAACUCGGCUCCAACGACUCUCUCGUCAACGCGUCGCUGGUCGUUGACUACAGCUCCGUCGCCAGCAACGCCAUCUACUUCGAAGCCAACGUCACUGGCCUGCCCGAAUCCGUCUCCGACGUCAGCACCUCCGCCACCCUCAACUUCACCGCGCUGUCGCCCGUUUCGGGCGAGUCCGUCUCCGGCGGCUACUUCUUCGGCGGCGACAACCCCUUCUGGCUCGACCGCGGCAAGACCCGCGGCUUCGACAACCCCUUCUUCACCGACAAGUUCUCCACCUCGCAGCUGCUCGGCACCACCGGCUCCUGGUCCCUCUCCGGCGUCAUCGACCGCUCCAUCAUGGAGCUGUUUGUCGACCAGGGCGCGUCCAGCGCCACCGCCACCUUUUUCCCUGUGGAGCCCCUCAGCAUAUUUGCGAUCAGGACGGCCGGUCUGCCCGAGGGUGCGCAGGUGAGCGUCGCCGUUUGGGGUCUUGAUAGCGCAUGGGCGCAGUAUGAGAAUGAGAACGGGACCGUGGUCGGGAAUGUGACGACGAGCUCCUCGUCGGCAGAGAGGCGGAUGCUGUACGAGGGGAGCUUCGAAGCGUAA